AUGUCAACAAGUGCUGUCACGACGUGCAUCAUCACUGCUGCUGUAUGCAGCCUGUUGCUCGUUGCUCAAGGGCAGAUGGACGAUGAAGAAUGGAUUGAUCCCUAUGAUAUUUUGAACUACGACGCAAGCACAAAGACCAUGAGAAAGCCUGCUGAGGUACAGUACAAGCAGCUAUGCAAUGCAUGUUUCCGUGCCUUGACUCGGUGCCAUAAGUUGAAAUUAUUAUCUUAUUGUUGGAAGUAAAAGCCUAACUGUUGUUCAUUAGUUUACUCAUAUUAGGGGAGGGGAGGGGUGGUAAGGUUAGCAGAAAAUAAAAAAGGAAAUAUAGUUUAAAAAAAUAUGUAUGUAUGUACUGUACCAGUCAAAAGUUUGUUUGGACACACCUACUCAUUCCAGGGUUUUUCUUUAUUUUUACUAUUUUCUACAUUGUAGAAUAAUGGUGAGGACAUCAAAACUAUGAAAUAACACAUGGAAUCCUGUAGGAACCCAAAAAGUGUUAAACAAGUCAAUAUAUUUUAUAUUUAAAAAUUAUUCAACGUAGCCACCCUUUGCCUUGGUGACAGCUUUGCACACUCUUGGCAUUCUCUCAACCAGCUUCAUGAGGUAGUCACCUGGAUGCAUUUCAAUUAACAGGUGUGCUUUGUCAAAAAUUAAUUUGUAGAAUUUCUUUCCUUCUCAAUGAAGAACAGCUCAAAUAAGCAAAGAUAAACAACAGGCCAUCAUUACUUUCAGACAUGAAGGUCAGUCAAUACGAAACAUUUCAAGAACUUUGAACAUUUCAGGCGCAAAAACCAUCAAGCGCUAUGAUGAAACUGGCUCUCAUGAGGACCGCCACAGGAAAGGAAGACCCACUUACCUCUGCUGCAGAAGAUACAUUCAUUAGAGUUAACUGCACCUCAGAUUGCAGCCCAAAUAAAUGCUUCACAAAGUUCAAGUAACAGACACAUCUCAACAUCAACUGUUCAGAGGAGACUGCGUGAAUCAGGCCUUCAUGGUCGAAUUGCUGCAAAGAAACCACUACUAAAGGACACCAAUAAGAAGAAGUGACUUGCUUGGGCCAAGAAACACGAGCAAUGGACAUUUAGACCGGUGGAAAUCUGUCCUUUGGUCUAAUGAGUCCAAAUUGGAGAUUUUUGGUUCCAACCGCUGUGUCUUUGUGAGACGCAGAGUAGGUGAACGGAUGAUCUCCGCAUUUGUGGUUCCCACCGUGAAGCAUGGAGGAGGAGGUGUGAUGGUGUUGGGGUGCUUUGCUGAUUUAUUUAGAAUUCAAGGCACACUUAACCAGCAUGACUACCACAGCAUUCUGCAGCGAUACGCCAUCCCAUCUGGUUUGCGCUUAAUGGGACUAUCAUUUGUUUUUCAACAGGACAAUGACCCAACACACACCUCAGUGUAAGGGCUAUUUGACCAAGAAGGAGAGUAAUGGAGUGCUGCAUCAGAUGACCUGGCCUCCACAAUCACCCAACCUCAACCCAAUGGAGAUGAGUUGGACCGCAGAGUGAAGGAAAAGCAGCCAACAAGUGCUCAGCAUGUGGGAACUCCUUCAAGACUGUUGGAAAAGCAUUCCAGGUGAAGCUGGUUGAGAGAAUGCCAAGCGUGUGCAAAGCUGUCAUCAAGGCAAAGGGUGGCUACUUUGAAGAAUCUAAAAUAUAGUUUUAACACUUUUUUUUUUUUUAUUCCUACAUGAUUCCAUGUGUUAUUUCAUAGUUUUGAUGUCUUAACUAUUAUUUUACAAUGUAGAAAAUAGUAAAAAUAAAGAAAAACCCUGGAAUGAGUAGGUGUGUCAACUUUUGACUGGUACUGUUUAUAAAUAUAUUUACAAAGAAAUAUGGGGGUUUGAAAAUGAUGCUGAUAAUUACUUUGAUGGAAGCUACAAUCUAUCUGCAAUAUUUAAGCUGAUCUACCCCCUUUUUUUAUUUUAUUAUUUAGGGUAUCCAAUCAAAAACGCAUAUUUUGACCAAUGGGCUGCAAUAUGUAACUUUUUAGGUGACAUGGACAAAUUCACAUAGAAAUGUGUGUUCUAGACCCUUUUCCAGUACGUGAAACACUGACGUCACGCACAGAUGCGCGCGACUCUUGGCGGCAGUAAGAAAGCCAUCGCCAUCUGCGCCCAUUCAACAUAGCCUAGAUUUAAGUUUUUAUUUCUUCUAAUCAAAAUAAUGUUUUGGUGAUUGUCAUACGCUUACAAUGUUUUUAUUAUCGAUUGAACAGUCGCUAAGAUUAUAUUUGGUUGUGAUCUUUGCAAAAUAACUAUUUUGGAUGCAGCAGUUGUUAGCUAGAAUGCUAACGUUCAUUGAUAUAGGCUGUAGCAACAGCUAGCCAAAGAGCCAUUUUACUGGUUGAAGUGUAAGUAUAAUGCAGUUGAUUUUCGAUGACACAAACAUUAUAUUAAGCAGGACAUUCAUACGAGCCUUAAUCUUAUUAUAAUCCAAAAGUAGUGUGAAAUGCACUAAUAAGCAGCAUGUUAAAAAUAGGCUUUUUUUUUGCUGGCGUUCUAUAAGAACUCCCCCUUGUUAUGCCACCAACGUGCGUGCAUCGCCCUCGUGCGGCAAUGUUUGUAAACACAGGAAGGGGUCUAUAGAUCGGCCAUUCUCAUUGAAAGCAAAUCUAAGAAACGGUAUGUUGUAUGCGCACUUAAGUUUUGUUUUUUGCUCUUUUACUUUCGGAUUUGUACACCAGCUUCAAACAGCUGAAAAUACAAUAUUUUUGGUUAUGGGAAAUAUAUUUCACACUGUUUUUAAUGGUACAAUGAUUAUCUACACUAGACUUGCUUGUUUUGUCACAAACUGAAAUGAAGCGAACUAUUAGAAUUUUACCAACUGGGAAAUGGCAGAGCGAUUUUCUGCGUAGUGCACCCUUUAAAUGCAGAAGACACAUUUCAGUUCAAUGCAUUCAGUUGUGCAACUGACUAGGUUUUCCCUUUCCGAGGUGUGGCCUUGUUUUGUUGUUUUCUUUGUCAUGUUUCCUAUUGCGGCAGCAAGCUAUUUGAACAAAAUCAAAUCAAAUCAAAUUUUAUUGGCCACAUGCGCCGAAUACAACAGGUGCACACAUUACAGUGAAAUGCUUACUUACAGCCCUUAACCAACAGUGCAUUUAUUUUUAAUAAAAAAAGUAGAAUAAAACAAAGUGUUGAGAGAAAAAAAGACCAGAAGUAAAAUAAAAGUUGGGAGGCUAUAUAUACAGGGGGGUACCGGUGCAGAGUAAAUGUGCAGGGGCACCGGCUAGUUGAGGUAGUUGAAGUUGAAAAUACAAACAUGUCGAAUACACAUUAUUCUCGCCAUCUAUUAAAUGCUUAUGACAGAAUGGCGAGAAGGUGAUAUGUCACUUUCCUGAUUUGUAUUUAAUUUUUCUUUACACAGGUUUCACAGCUGCCGUCAUGCAACGCUGUGUUCAAGCAAUUCCUCACCAAGCUUCUGAAGGAGAUUGAAAAAUUUGGCCUGGUAUGUUUUGGCAUUGUCUCAUCUGGUAUGAACACUAACAAUCGAUGCCCUAAUGCUCUUUAUGUAAAAGCCGGGGCUGCGGAUCAGUAUGUAACCAUCCCGCAGGCCCCCCUGGAUCUUUUUCCCCAGAGCUGAUCGAUCCGAUUCACAUUCUGCGCAUGUUAUUUUACACCCACCAAAUGUUUUUACAUAGCUGCUGCUCAACCUCUCCCUCCCUUCACAUUUCUCUCUUUACUCACCCUCUUCUGAACUCUCAACCAAUUUGAUCGCCUUGAUGAUGUAGCCUACGUCUCUGCCUCAUAUUUCUGAAUAACAGAAAUAAAAACCCUGCAGCUAUUUGAAACGAAUAUUCCGAAAAAAUAUAUAUUUGUAAGCUAAUUUGUGAUGUAGGCUACAACCUUCUGUCUGUUAUAGGCUAACUAAGGAUAUUGCAGGAGCACAAGCAGGGCACAGUCUACAUUUACGUCAUUUAGCAGACGCUCUUAUCCAGAGCGACUUACAGUUAGUGCAUACAAUAUUUGCAAACGCCAUGCUCUACCAACUGAGCUACAUCCCUGCCGGCCAUUCCCUCCCCCCUCCCUGGACGACGCUGGGCCAAUUGUGCGCCGCCCCAUGGGUCUCCCGGUCGCGGCCAGCUACGACAGAGCCUGGAUUCGAACCAGGAUCUCUAGUGGCACAGCUAGCACUGCAAUGCAGUGCUUUAGACCACUGCGCCACUCGGGAGGACACAUUGCAUUGGGGCAAAACAAUCAGCGUUUUAACCAAGUGUACAUUUGUGAUGAUGUUUGCAAUAGCCUCCUUUUACACCAGACAAAGAUGUCCGAACAUCGCCGUGUGGAGGAAGAAGAAUGGAAUUAGUCUUCAGCCUUUAAUAUCAAGCAAGCCUUUUGAAUUCGAGAACAAAAUCCUUAGUAUUGCAAACAAAAUUAAUGAUAUUGAAAGCAAUAAAAUCACAAGUACUGAGAGCAAAAUAAAUAAUAUUGCAAGGAAAUCAUUUUGAAAGGCAAGAACAAAUGAAUUGUAAAUGAAUGCUAAAAUAUAUAUAUUCAGUGAAACGGGUCCCUCUUUGCCUGCAAUUUUUUCUAUCUUUGGGUAUGUUACCCUGCAUUUUGUUUUCACUGCCUAGUUUUUGCAGUUGCUAAGUUUUGGCACAUUCAUUCCAUGUAGGUGGGGUUAAGAGGGAGCCUAAGAUGAUGCGUCUAUUGGUCAACCGGUUUUGGAGUGACAGGUCAGCCUCACCCAAUGAUCCAGUUUGUUUACAUCCUAGCUACAUGUAGGUAUGUUAGAUAGGCUACCGUGCACCCGGAUAACUUGCUAGCAACUAGUUUUUUUACUGUAUAAAGUAGCUUGAAUUGCUAAUUCCAGAAGUUAGAGGUGUCGAAUGUAUCGCCUGAACUAAUAUCUUCAGCACCUAACUACAGUUUCUAAACCCAGAGGCCAACAUCGCAAUACUUAUAUUAUUAUUAUUAAUAUUUAUGGGAACGCUUGCGAAGCAGUCCGGGGUUUGAGAAGUCUAUGGGCUUGAUAUUGCAGCCGACAGUGCAGGCAACUGCCGACUGACUGAUCUACAAGUCACCUUGCAUCAUAAAUAACAACUCAUUAUUAUUUGUAGAUCAGUCAGUCACAAUUUUCCCACAAUACAUCACUGUUUUUUUCAUGCUCUCGAACACAGCCAAUGAGAGUGGAAAAGGACAAAUUGUGAAAAGAAAGUGGAAAAUCUUAAGGCACAACCUGGAUUAGAGCCAAUGUCUUAAGUAGUUGAACAUGUUAAUACUCCAACCUUAUGAAAGUGACACUGACGUGUUCCUGCGCAUGAGCUUAGCUAGCCAAUGUCGCCAUGGUAUUGCCUAGAAGUGUGAUCGUGGAUUUCUAUUGGAGAAGCGGUUUCUGCCCAUCUUCAUACUGUACUGCUAACUAACAGGCUAAGAAGCUAGCUAGCAAGUUGAUUCACACAAAUUACUGUGGUCAUUUCUAGAUAGCUGCAGUGCAACAUAACCAAAGCCAAAACCAACCUUUUGUAAACAUCAAUUUACAGUGCAUUCGGGAAAGUAUUCAGACCCCUUUACUUUUUCCACACUUUGUUACGUUGCAGCCUUAUUCUAAAAUGGAUUAAAUAACAUUUUCCCCUCAUCCAUCUACACACAAUACCCCAUAAUGACAAAGCAAAAACAGGUUUUUAGAAAAACGGAAAUUUCACAUUUACAUAAGUAUUCAGACCCUUUACUCAGUACUUUGUUGAAGCACCUUUGGCAGUGAUUACAGCCUUGAGUCUUCUUGGGUAUGACGCUACAAGCUUGGCACACCUGUAUUUUGGGAGUUUCUCCCAUUCUUCUCUGCAGAUCCUCUCAAUCUCUGUCAAGUUGGAUGGGGAGCGUAGCUGCACAGCUAUUUUCAGGUCUCUCCAGAGAUGUUCGAUCGGGUUCAAGUCCGGGUUCUGACUGGGCCACUCAAAGACAUUCAGACACUUGUCCCGAAGCCACUCCUGCGUUGUCUUGGCUGUGUGCUUAGGGUCGUUGUCCUGUUGGAAGGUGAACCUUCGCCCCAGUCUGAGGUCCUGAGCGCUCUGGAGCAGGUUUUCAUCAAGGAUCUCUUUGUACUUUGCUACGUUCAUUUUUCCUCGAUCCUGACUAGUUUCUCAGUCCCUGCCGCUAAAAACAUCCCCACAGCAUGAUGCUGCUAUCACGAUGCUUCACCGUAGGGAUGGUGCCAGGUUUCCUCCAGAUGUGACUGUUUGCAUUCAGCCCAAAGAGUUCAAUGUUGGUUUCAUCAGACCAAAGAAUCUUGUGGUCAGAGUCCUUUAGGUGCCUUUUGGCAAACCCCAAGCAGGCUGUCAUGUGCCUUUUACUGAGUGUCUUCCGUCUGGCCACUCUACAGAGAUGUUUGUCCUUCUGGAAGGUUCUCCCAUCUCCACAGAGGAACUAUGGAGCUCUGUCAGAGUGACCAUCGGGUUCUUGGUCACCUCCCUGACCAAGGCCCUUCUCCCCCGAUUGCUCAGUUUGGCCGGGCGGCCAGCUCUAGGAAGAGUCUUGGUGGUUCCAAGCUUCUUCCAUUUAAGAAUGAUGGAGGCCACUGUGUUCUUGGGGACCUUCAAUGCUGCAAAAAUGUUUGCUACCCUUCCCCAGAUCUGUGCCUCAACACAAUCCUGUCUCAGAGCUCUACGGACAAUUAUUUCGACCUAAUGGCUUGGUUUUUGCUCUGACGUGCACUGUCAACUGUGGGACCUUUAUAUAGACAGGUGUGUGCCUUUCCAAAUCAUGUCCAAUCAGUUUAAUUUACCACAGGUGGACACCAAUCAAGUUGUAGAAACAUUUAAGGAUGAUCAAUGGAAACGGGAUGCACCUGAGCUCAAUUUCGAGUCUUAUAGCAAAGGGUCUGAAUACUUACAGUACCAGUCAUAAGUUUGGACACCUACUCAUUCCAGGAUUUUCCUUUAUUUUUACUGUUUUCUACAUUAUAGAAUAAUAGUGAAGACAUCAAAACUAUGAAAUAACACAUAUGGAAUCAUGUAGUAACCAAAAUAUAUUUUAGAUUCUUCAAAGUAGCCACCCUUUGCCUUGAUGACAGCUUUGCACACUCUUGGCAUUCUCUCACCCAGCUUCAUGAGGUAGUCACCUGGAAUAACAAUAAUAUUUAGAAGUGGUGUAAAGCUCACCGACAUUGGACUCUGGAGCAGUGGAAACGCGUUCUCUGGAGUGAUGAAUCACGCUUCACCAUCUGGCAGUCUGAUGGACGAAUCUGGGUUUGGUGUAUGCCAGGAGAACGCUACCUGCUCCAAUGAAUAGCGUCAACUAUUCAAACAUAACAUUUGGUGGAGGAGGAAUAAUGGUCUGGGGCAAUUUUUUCCCAUGGUUCGGGCUAGGCCCCUUUAGUUCCAGUGAAGGGAAAUCUUAACUCUACAGCAUACAAUGACAUUCUAGACGAUUCUGUGCUUCCAACUUUGUGGCAACAGUUUUGGGAAGGCCCUUUCCUGUUUCAGCAUGACAAAGCCCCCGUGCACAAAGCGAGGUCCAUACAGAAAUGGUUUGUCGAGGUCGGUGUGGAAGAACUUGACUGGCCUCCACAGAGCCCUGACCUCAACCCCAUCGAACACCUUUAGGAUGAAUUGGAAUGCCGACCUCACUAAUGCUCUUGUUGCUGAAUGGAGGCAAGUCUCUGCAGCAGUGUUCCAACAUCUAGUGGAAAGCCUUCCCAGAAGAGUGGAGGCUGUAAUAGCAGCAAAGGGGGGGACCAACUCUAUAUUAAUGCCCAUGAUUUUGGAAUGAGAUGUUCGAUAAGCAUGUGUCCACAUACUUUUGGUGAUGUAGUGUAUAUAUUGCCAGUAACAAUAACUCCAUGUUGUGUAUUUGUCAAAUUUGAAGAGACAGAGUAGAUGGACAUAACCUUGCCGUAACAUUCUUUGAGUUAGCCCUUGGUGAGACAGUCGACAAAGCUGUUUCUUGACUCAAUACUGUUAAAGCUGCAAGACAUGGGCAUUAUUGCAUAUACACAAGUUUUUCCUUGCUUGUGUCGACUGGAAAAUGCAGAGGCAUAAAGCAGAUACGUUUUUAAUUAGUUAAUGGAUUUGUCAUGACGUAGCAAUCAGUCUGCACAAUUAACCAUCACAAAUUAUUUUAUUAAGGAUAUACCCCUUACUGUACACCUGGAGACCUGUGAUAGAGACACUGUCCUACAGGUAACAGUUAUUAUUGUCCUCGUUCGUGUUCAAGAAACCGGUUACAAUUUCCACAAAGUGUUUGACUCGUUUUCCUUGAUAAUGGUUUCCAACAUAAGAUUGGCAGAACUAUUUGCAGAAUACCUUAUUGAACAUAUGGCUGGUAACAAAUUGUCACUGUAAACUUGACUGAACACAGUUCAGCAACAAUGGAUAAGUCUGCCUUCCUCUUUCUCAUCAGUACAGUUAGAAAUAUUUGUAGUAGUAUUGGGGACAAAGUGAUAUUCCUUCUCGGCUUCUCUCAGCUAUGGAGACAGGUCAUCAGCCCUGAACCGCCUGUGAAAAAGGAGCACAAAAUUAAUUAUCAAAAAGGUUAAAAUGGGUGGAAACCUAACACAGAUUAUCAAUGUACAACUAAUGAUCAGUGCACUAGUCACAAUUCAAUGACAGUUUUUUUUAUUGUUCAUGAUAUCUGUAUACUCCGGUUUAGUGCAUGUUGUCACACCCAACCAUUAAUUCACUCAAUUUAUCCAAGUAUGGUCUUAUUGUAGUUUUAAUAGGUGUUCUAGCACAGGUAGGGAUGACAAUUUACACACUGCUGCCCUUCUGGGCCAAGAAUGAGGAACACUGAACUAGUGCACACUUUGGGAGGAAGAGUGACGAAUCAGGACAUGCAAACAGAAACUUGACUUGCAACAAACAAAUGUAAUUUACAAGAACUCUGUGGUGGAGGAUGGGACUACAAUAAUAAUAUAAUUACAUUUGAACUCUACCAUGAACAUUACCAUACCGUAGAGUAGCACUUAAACAUUAAGUUUUAACUUCUAUUAGCCCAUAGAAACGCAUUGAAUAACAGAUUCAUACAUGUCAAAAAAUACAUCAAAAAGAAGUAUGUUUUGAAGUGUCGGUCCUAUAUCUGAGAGAUGUGGAAUUACCCCUAUACCAAAACGGAGAACACCAUCCUGUUCGUGAGAGUCUCAUCUUUCCAUAGAGGGGUCAUAUUAAUGUGCAGCCCAAACCGUUCGGACGCAGAUGUUUUUGUGAGAAGACUGAUUUUCGGGACGUCUCCUGGUCUGACAAAUACUGCUUUAGCUUUGCCACCUUCCACUGCAGAUGCGGAAGGCCGUCAUGAGCGGAUGCCGUUGUUUGAGACACAGCCCAUGCAAAAAAACAUCUCUAGGUUAUUAAACAGACAGAUUUUGAUGGGGAUUUUGUAUUAUGCUAAUUAGAUUUCCAUGCGGACAUCGACUCUAGGGGGUUAAAAAAUAAAUGAUUUGUGCUGUCUGGAAGAAAAAAAAAACAUGAGAGGUUGAAAUCCAAAAUGGCCAAUAACCUGCCCAGCUAGGCCUAUCAUAAAAGCGUCAAGACAAGUUAAAGUUAUCACCAGUAGCCUAUUUCCCAAAUAUUUUAAUAGCCUAAGAAGUUGUCCAAAAUGUGCCGCAUUCAAAAAGAACAAGAAUGAAAGUUAGUCUAUAGCCUAGGCUUAGGCUAUUCUCAAUCACAGCUUUAUGAGAGAUGGAACAAACAAUAUGCCCGUUAAGAAAGGAAGAUGAGGCAAUGCUGACGCUCUACCAGAAAGAUUAGAAAAGAUUUGCCUCCACUUAGCCUCUGCCCAGGCUUUCAACAUUAUCUUUUGUCAUGAUUCGUCCAGUUGUAGUAUGUGGUUGUAGCGGAGGUAUUUAUAAUAGGGGGCGAUACCAUCGUAUAUCACAAAGUUUUGAGUACAUAAUCACGAUAGGAUAAAGGUUGACAUCGCCCAACCCUAGUUACCACCUUGUGAUGUAAUAUGCUAUCUGUAGAUGCCAAAUGCCUAUACUUUGUACUAUUUAUUUUCUAUUUCUUUCCAACCACUAGCCCAGUGAUUUCCAGAAUGAUCUCUACUACGACGCCAAAGUAAGACUGUCUCGGCAAGCGUUGGCAGAGAUCUGGACGCUUCUGGAGGGAAUGGACAGCUGUAGAAUGGGGGCUCUGGACGAUGCCCUCAGCCAGAUCCUGGUGGAUCUCAAACCACAAGAAUUCGAGGCCUCGAGAUGGCACUUUGAGGACACCUUUGGUGUGGAGAUCGACACAGUCAUGAAGGUGAUAAUUUGUAGCAGAGGGGACUGUGAUGCUCAAAAUGAAGUGGAUUUACAACCGUACACACCACAUGUGGUUUGCCUAAAGGAAUUGAUGAUUGAUAGUUUGUAAAGUAGGAUACACGGGAUUAAAAUAACUUUUCUUUUUCUGCGAGGGAACUUAUUUUCUGGACUUAGAAGUUCAUACUGUAACGCAUAAGAUAGGACUAGCCUACACACAAUCUACAGGACAUAUAAAAACAAAACUGCUCUCAAUGGUGCUGGCUGGCAUGUGUCUGAUCUUUGCUUGAGGAGGCGAGUCCGAUCUGCUCCACUGACUGACUGAGAUGCGUAUGAAGCUAACUUGCACAUUUCUGUGUUCAUCGAUAUGACUAAACCACUCUGAUUCAGAGCACAGUCAUUUACUGUACACUCAAGACAAACAGAACUGACACCACUCGUUGGCAUUAUAACGCCAGGAAUAGUUCUCAUUGUCAUUGCAAUUAUUUAAGGAGCGACUGCCCCUAAAAAGCAACUUCUCAUUUUGAAAAUGGCCUAUGUGGCAUCAAUAUGAGCCAGAAACAUAUAUUCUAGUGUCAUCAUUGACUACAAAGUGUAAAUAGGAUACAUUUAGUCAUAAAGUCAUUCUCGUCCAAAACAGAUUUGCAAUUAUAGGAAAGAAUGGAAUAUCACGGAAUGAAGGGUACCGUAACAGUUUUCCGUGGGUUGGGUUUAUUAUAAUCCUGCCCACAGCUGACAGUACCCAAGUAAUUUGGAGCGCAGCUGCAUGCGACCUGAUCGAAUGUCAAUUUGGUUUGACAUCCAAUAUCCCUAUGUGGCUAGUUGGGGACCAUCAGUAAAUUACACAAUGUACCUGGGACAAUAUUUUAAAAGGUCAAUAGCUCUACAUUUUUACGACUUAACCUCAAACCAUCUAUAAAUUGUAGAAAUUCGUAUACAAAUAUUGGAAGCAUUUAAUGAGACAACUAAAAGAUGUGCAACAAAUAUUGUCCCAGAGAUGGGCUAUCCAAAGUCAAAGCAAAUUUGCCACGGUUGCACACCAGCCAGCUGAAGCUAAUUGACAAAAGAAUUUGGCUAACUCUUCCCACCUGCGAACACACGAGAGAUAGAUAUAUACAUACACAUACAGUGGGGAGAACAAGUAUUUGAUACACUGCCGAUUUUGCAGGUUUUCCUACUUACAAAGCAUGUAGAGGUCUGUAAUUUUUAUCAUAGGUACACUUCAACUGUGAGAGACGGAAUCUAAAACAAAAAUACAGAAAAUCACAUUGUAUGAUUUUUAAGUAAUUAAUUUGCAUUUUAUUGCAUGACAUAAGUAUUUGAUACAUCAGAAAAGCAGAACUUAAUAUUUGGCACAGAAACCUUUGUUUGCAAUUACAGAGAUCAUACGUUUCCUGUAGGUCUUGACCAGGUUUGCACACACUGCAGCAGGGAUUUUGGCCCACUCCUCCAUACAGACCUUCUCCAGAUCCUUCAGGUUUCGGGGCUGUCGCUGGGCAAUAUGGACUUUCAGCUCCCUCCAAAGAUUUUCUAUUGGGUUCAGGUCUGGAGACUGGCUAGGCCACUCCAGGACCUUGAGAUGCUUCUUACGGAGCCACUCCUUAGUUGCCCUGGCUGUGUGUUUCGGGUCGUUGUCAUGCUGGAAGACCCAGCCACGACCCAUCUUCAAUGCUCUUACUGAGGGAAGGAGGUUGUUGGCCAAGAUCUCGCGAUACAUGGCCCCAUCCAUCCUCCCCUCAAUACGGUGCAGUCGUCCUGUCCCCUUUGCAGAAAAGCAUCCCCAAAGAAUGAUGUUUCCACCUCCAUGCUUCACGGUUGGGAUGGUGUUCUUGGGGUUGUACUCAUCCUUCUUCUUCAUCCAAACACGGCGAGUGGAGUUUAGACCAAAAAGCUAUAUUUUUGUCUCAUCAGACCACAUGACCUCCCAUUCCUACUCUGGAUCAUCCAGAUGGUCAUUGGCAAACUUCAGACGGGCCUGGACAUGCGCUGGCUUGAGCAAGGGGACCUUGCGUGCGCUGCAGGAUUUUAAUCCAUGACGGCGUAGUGUGUUACUAAUGGUUUUCUUUGAGACUGUGGUCCCAGCUCUCUUCAGGUCAUUGACCAGGUCUUGCCGUGUAGUUCUGGGCUGAUCCCUCACCUUCCUCAUGAUCAUUGAUGCCCCACGAGGUGAGAUCUUGCAUGGAGCCCCAGACCGAGGGUGAUUGACCGUGAUCUUGAACUUCUUCCAUUUUCUAAUAAUUGCCAGUUGUUGCCUUCUCACCAAGCUGCUUGCCUAUUGUCCUGUAGCCCAUCCCAGCCUUGUGCAGGUCUACAAUUUUAUCCCUGAUGUCCUUACACAGCUGUCUGGUCUUGGCCAUUGUGGAGAGGUUGGAGUCUGUUUGAUUGAGUGUGUGGACAGGUGUCUUUUAUACAGGUAACGAGUUCAAACAGGUGCAGUUAAUACAGGUAAUGAGUGGAGAACAGGAGGGCUUCUUAAAGAAAAACUAACAGGUCUGUGAGAGCCGGAAUUCUUACUGGUUUAUUGCAUGACUUAUGUCAUGCAAUAAAAUGCAAAUUAAUUACUUAAAAAUCCUACAAUGUGAUUUUCUGGAUUUUUGUUUUAGAUUCCGUCUCUCACAGUUGAAGUGUACCUAUGAUAAAAAUUACAGACCUCUACAUGCUUUGUAAGUAGGAAAACCAGCAAAAUUGGCAGUGUUUUUUUUCACCUUUAUUUAACCAGGUAAACCAGUUGAGAACAAGUUCUCAUUUACAACUGCGACCUGGCCAAGAUAAAGCAAAGCAGUGCGAUAAAAACAACAACACAGAGUUACAUAUGGGGUAAAACAAAACAAAGUAAAAAAUACAACAGAAAUAAAUAUAUAUACAGUGUGUGCAAAUGUAGCAAGUUAUGGAGGUAAGGCAAUAAAUAGGCUAUAGUGCAAAAUAAUUACAAUUAGUAUUAACACUGGAAUGAUAGAUGUGCAAGAGAUGAUGUGCAAAUAGAGAUACUGGGGUACAAAUGAGCAAAAUAAAUAACAAUAUAGGGAUGAGGUAGUUGGGCGGGCUAAUUUCAGAUGGGCUGUGUACAGGUGCAGUGAUCGGUAAGGUGCUCUGACAACUGAUGCUUAAAGUUAGUGAGGGAGAUAAGUGUCUCCAGCUUCAGAGAUUUUUGCAAUUUGUUCCAGUCAUUGGCAGCAGAGAACUGGAAGGAAUGGCGGCCAAAGGAGGUGUUGGCUUUGGGGAUGACCAGUGAGAUAUACCUGCUGGAGCGCAUACUACGGGUGGGUGUUGCUAUGGUGACCAAUGAGCUAAGAUAAGGCGGGGAUUUGCCUAGCAGUGAUUUAUAGAUGGCCUGGAGCCAGUGGGUUUGGCGACGAAUAUGUAGUGAGGACCAGCCAACAAGAGCGUACAGGUCACAGUGGUGGGUAGUAUAUGGGGCUUUGGAGACAAAACGGAUGGCACUGUGAUAGACUACAUCCAAUUUGCUGAGUAGAGUGUUGGAGGCUAUUUUGUAAAUGACAUCGCCGAAGUCAAGGAUCGGUAGGAUAGUCAGUUUUACGAGGGCAUGUUUGGCAGCAUGAGUGAAGGAGGCUUUGUUGCGAAAUAGGAAACCGAUUCUAGAUUUAACUUUGGAUUGGAGAUUCUUAAUGUGAGUCUGGAAGGAGAGUUUACAGUCUAACCAGACACCUAGAUAUUUGUAGUUGUCCACAUACUCUAGGUCAGACCCGUCGAGAGUAGUGAUUCUAGUCGGGUGGGCGGGUGCAAGCAGCGUUCGGUUGAAGAGCAUGCAUUUAGUUUUACUAGUGUUUAAGAGCAGUUGGAGGCUACUGAAGGAGUGUUGUAUGGCAUUGAAGCUCGUUUGGAGGUUUGUUAACACAGUGUCCAAUGAAGGGCCAGAUGUAUACAAAAUGGUGUCGUCUGCGUAGAGGUGGAUCUGAGAGUCACCAGCAGCAAGAGCGACGUCAUUGAUAUACACAGAGAAAAGAGUCUGCCCAAGAAUUGAACCCUGUGGCACCCCCAUAGAGACUGCCAUAGGUCCAGACAACAGGCCCUCCGAUUUGACACAUUGAACUCUAUCUGAGAAGUAGUUGGUGAACCAGGCGAGGCAGUCAUUUGAGAAUCCAAGGCUAUUUAGUCUGCCAAUAAGAAUGCGGUGGUUGACAGAGUCGAAAGCCUUGGCCAGGUCAAUGAAAACGGCUGCACAGUACUGUCUAUUAUCGAUCGCGGUUAUAAUAUCGUUUAGGACCUUGAGCGUGGCUGAAGUGCACCCAUGACCAGCUCGGAAACCGGAUUGCAUAGCGGAGAAGGUACGGUGGGAUUCGAAAUGGUCGGUGAUCUGUUUUGUUAACUUGGCUUUCAAAAACGUUUGAAAGGCAGGGCAGGAUGGAUAUGGGUCUGUAACAGUUUGGAUCUAGAGUGUCACCCCCUUUGAAGAGGGGGAUGACCGCGGCAGCUUUCCAAUCUCUGGGGAUCUCAGACGUUACGAAAGAGAGGUUGAACAGGCUAGUAAUAGGGGUUGCGACAAUUUCGGCGGCUAGUUUUAGAAAGACUUUAGUGGACUCCUUCCUGCCUUUACCCCAGAUUGGUACAGAGGUGCCAUGACUCUCCAGCACGAUCUCUGUAAGAUGUACUACGAAGUCCUCAUGGUCAACCCAAUCCUUCUCGUACCCCCAACUAAGGUAACCUGUAGUUGACAACCGGGGUUGGGAACAAUUCUAUUUCAAUUCAGUCCAUACAGGAAGUAAGUGCAAAGCCUUUGGUCUAGCGGUAAUGCUCUAGGCACAUAAACUGUCCCUACCGGAGACUAGGGUUCAAACCCCAACUCCAACCCUUAAAUGCAUCCCAUCUCUCUGUAUCCGUCUCUAGUUCUACCUGUCCAAAUAAAGGAAACAAUGAGAGUGAAUCCUUCCUGCAUUGACUGCACUGAAAUGGAUUGACCCUAACCCUGUUGACGACCAAUAACCUGUGUAACAUUUAGCCUAUUUCCAAUGGGACGCAGUGUGAUAGUGUAUUAUUAUAUCUCUGUCUCUGAAGGAAAUCACUAUGACCAUCACCAACUUCUUCACGGAAACUCAGAAGCACUUUGGCCAGAGGAUCAGUGAGUUCCUCGUUGCCCUCAAGGACCUACCGGUCACCCUGCAGAUCCCUGUGCUCUUCAUCAUCGUGCUUUCCAUCCUGGUACACACACACACACUUGAAACACUGUCACAAGGGCUUGGGUAAAUUCCAUUUCAAUUCAAACAAUUCAGAAAGAGAAUUGGUGUUGAAAAAUCCUUAAGAAACUAAAUGGCCCUUUUCAAUUCUUGAUUGAGAAUUUCUAUUUACUUCUGUAUUGAAAUGGAAUGGAAUUUAACCCAUCCCUGACUAUCACACAGCAGUCAUACUAACUGUUUCCAGUUUUAGCCAGUUUCCUGAAUGUCACUGAAGCAGUAUAUUCCUCCAUCUUCCUCAGGUGUUUAUGUACUGUAGCUGCCAGGCAGCCAUCCGGCCCGGCAUUACGAGACUGCUGCGCAUCGGCAGGCCCAGGGACCCCCCUCCUCCAGCCGUGGACAAGCCCGAGCCCAAGGCCCAUCUGAGAGGGACAAACCACGACCCACAGGCAGGGGGGGACGCCCCUCAAUGCUCCCCUCCCAGAUACGUGGAGACCCUGAGGAACGACGACCGGCUGUUUAGCAACGUCCAGGAAGAGAUUCAGCAAGAACCAGUUGUAGCUGGGGCCACAACUGAAGGAAAUGACUCACAAGAAGCUAAACCCUCUCCAGCUAAAGCCAAACCCAAUGAGAGGGACGUGACGUCUGAAUCUAAGGUGGCUACUGACUGGGAGGCUGAGCAGCUGGCCAAGAGGCAGCCCUCAACAACUACACAAGGGAAUAAUGUAAGUGGUUUGUGUUGAUCUCGACUGAGUUAUGGAUGCAAAGGUGUUCCCUUAUGAACCUGGGGGCUUAUCAAAAGCAGCUUGUCAUUCUAGGUUUUUAGCCUCUACACUGGAAUUGUAUACCGGAGGUCACUCCAGCAAGUGGUCUCGGCCGCAAGCUGCACAACAAAUCCUUGAAAGUAGAACCAAACAUAAUUUGACACUUCAGAGCUGCAAGCCACAGAGGGGACCUGCCUCUAGCAGUGGAGGAAAAUGUCGCUUAGGGUGGGGUUCCGGGGUCCCCCCCUGAGAAAUUGUAUGUAGAAGGACUAAGUUAAGCUGGUGACUUCUAAAAAGGACAUUCUACUCCAAAAUGAAUUAAAAUCUAAAAUAGAAUUUCCACCUACAGAAAUGAGCCCAAUAACAUAUUGGUAAAAUUAUUUUAACAUAUUGGACCAUGCAUAUAGCCUAUGCAUGGUCCAUAUUAUCAGGUAUGCUAUUAGCAAUACGCAUUAUCACCUGUAGCCCAACUGAUGCAGCAUAAUGGCUAUAAAUACAUAGGCUAAUGCAUGGGGUUUCCUAUCUGCUUUUACCAUGGGCUUAAUCCUUAGCUAGAUCCCAAAUGUGAUAUUUUAACUAGUUAGCAUGUAUUGAUACAUUUUAUGUCCCCAGAAAAUUGCAUAAACACAGUGAAUAUAAUGUAGGCCUACCUGUUAGGAUAACUUGGGGUAAAACGCCACAUGGGGUAACACACCCCCUCCUGUACUUCUCACAGAAACCCCUUCAUGACACCAUGCUCCUCGGAGCCAGAUGCUGAUGAUGGGUAACCCUUUGCUGGGCAGCUGGCAUUGAAACCCCCCAUGCUAGGCGAAAGGAGUUCCAAUGACGGGCGUUUAAAGUUAUUAUAGCUGGUGGUGGAUGGUUGUCAAACAAUCAUUAACCAGCCUUCCUGAUUUGAACUUUCGUAAACUACAUUAUGGAUAUUGGGAAAUGAUCUAUGUUUAUGGGUAUACAGUCAGUAAGUCCUCUGUCCUUGUGUUUAAAUGCCAACCACAGCACCUUACAUGCGUUAAUGGGAUGAUUCAGAUUCUACAUCAAUUGGUAAAUUGCAGAUCCAGUGUUUUUUUUUUUUUUACCCCAAUUUCCCUUUGCCAUCUCUUUCAUAUGUUUUUAACACCACUGUGCUUUAUUGUGCUUUUGUUUGCCUGCCUGGUCAAUGUGCAUGUACCCUCAACACAUGAUGAUUGUGUAUGUUGUGCGCAGUGAUCCUGUCGGUAGUGGCAAUGUUUUGUGGCAACUCACCAUUCUCUUCUGAAAUAAUGUGAAUGAUGUUCUGUAUGGUAUUACCAUAGACAUAUCCACAUGUAUAGGCAGGCGUACAUCAUUGGGUAUUACUAAUAUACACUGAGUGUACAAAAUAUUAUGAACACCUUCUCUUUCCAUGACAACUGACCAGGUGAAAGCUAUGAUCCUUUAUUGAUGUCACUUGUUAAAUACUCUUCAAUCAGUGUAAAUGAAGGGGAGAAGACAGGUUAAAGAAGGAUUUUAAGCCUUGAGACAAUUGAUACAUGGAUUGUGUAUGUGUGCCAUUCAUAGGGUGAAUGGGUAAGACAAAAUAUUUAAGUGCAUUUGAACAGGGUAUGGUAGUAGGUGCCAGGCGCACUGUUUUUUGUCAAGAACUGCAAAGCUGCUGGGGGUGUUUGCACAACUCAAUAUUAGGAAGGUGUUCUUAAUGUUUUGAACACAUUGUUGGGAUUAUUUGUUUCUAAAUAUUGCUCUUUGCUUACUGUGCUUUGCAGACAUUGGAGAAGUCAUCAGAAGAGAAGAUGGUGCAUGGUGAAACUGAUAGGGUGCCUGUACAAGAGACUGAACCAACGUCACUAGCACUAUAGACAAUGUUCUUGUCAUUGACAGCAGUGCGCAAUCUCCAAUCCGUGAGUUGGAUGCCUUAAGCCAUAUAUGAAGAUGCAUUGUAUUUUUUUUAUCAAGAUAAUAAAGAAUACUUUUUAUUUCUUUUUUGAAAAUGUCAUGUUUUUCAGUUUACAAUGUAGCAGUAGUGAUUUUUGUCUCUAAAAAAAGCACAGUUUGUUGACAUGUCUUACUUUAAAUGUGUAUGUUUUUGUUAGGGGUAGACCAGCUUUAAUAUUGCAGAUUGUAGCUUCCAUCAAUGUAAUUGUCUGC